AUGGGUAAAAAGGGGAAAAUUGGAAAGCAGCGUAAAGAUAAGUUUUACCAUCUUGCUAAAGAAACUGGCUAUCGGUCCCGUGCCGCAUUCAAGUUGAUUCAGCUCAAUCGAAAGUUUGAGUUUCUUCAAAAGUCAAAAGUGCUGAUUGAUCUCUGUGCUGCACCAGGAGGAUGGCUUCAGGUGGCUCAAAAGCAUAUGCCCGUGCCGAGCAUCAUCAUCGGCGUUGAUUUAGCACCAAUAAAGCCAAUCCACAAUGUGAUCACAUUGCAGGAAGAUAUUACAACUUCAAAGUGCCGAAGCUUGCUUUCCAAAGAAUUGAAGACAUGGAAAGUGGACAUUGUUCUCAACGACGGUGCUCCCAAUGUGGGUAAAAGCUGGCUUCACGAUGCAUUCGAGCAGAAUCGACUUACACUGUCUGCCCUUCAUCUGGCUUGUGACUUUCUCAUCAAAGGCGGUUGGUUUGUCACCAAAGUGUUUCGCUCCAAAGACUACAAUGCACUCAUGUGGGUGUUUAAGAAGCUCUUUCAGCGAGUUCACGCCACAAAGCCUCAGGCUUCUCGAAAUGAGUCUGCCGAAAUUUUCGUCGUCUGCCAAAACUUUAUUGCUCCAGAUAAAAUUGAUCCCAAGUUCUUCGAUCCAACGUAUGUUUUUGCUGAAAUAAAGGAAAAGGAGCAGAAGAUGAGCAAAGCCGACCUUUUUAAGCCUUUGAUUAAACCCAAAAAGCCUAAAGCUGAAGGCUAUGAAGAUGGAAAUAUAUCGCUGUACACUAAGAUAAAAGUGUCUGAUUUUAUUCAGUCCCCAGACUUUAUUGAGCUGCUCAGUAAAGCGAAUGAGAUUGUAAUGGACUCAAACGAAGUUAAAAAUCAUCCCUCUACAACUGGCGAAAUUCUCGAAUGCCUAAAAGACUUGAAAGUUCUCGGAAGAAAAGAGCUAACAAUGCUUAUGGAUUGGAGAAAAGAGGUUCGAUCAACUCUUGUCAAAAAGUCAUACAAUGAUCAGGGGAAUGAAGAGCUGGAAAUGAAUGUGGACAAUAAUAACGAAAAUGAGGAUGAUGAAGUGGACGAGAUUGAAACUGAACUGAGCGAAGAAGCACAAAAGUUAAAGCGAAAAAAGCGAAAGGUCGCUAAAGAGAAGAGGAAAAUUGAGGAAAGAUUGGCCCUGAAAAUGGUCAUUAAAAAUGAUCAACUGGUCCAGGAAGAACAGGACCUGUUCAAUCUAAAGAACAUUCGCAAAGCCUCCCAGCUCAACGCUAUAAAAGAUGUUGAGCCAAAUCAUGAAGACGACAAUCAGGUCAACUUGGACGUUGCGCCAAGUUGCGCCAAGAAAAAACGCAUUCAAGUUGAUAAAGAAUCAGAUGAGAAGUACUUUGACCCGGAUGACAGUGAUGGAGCAGGCAGUGACGAUGAUGACGACGAUGAACAGCUGAUUUUGUCGGAAAACAAAAUAUUCCAUCGUCUUGGCUCUGAUUCAGCUGCUCAUGGAUCUACUGGCCAUGAUCUCGAUGACGACGACGAUAUUGAGCUGGAAGAGUUGGAGAAUCGAAUUUCCAAUGUUACCAAAGGAAAAUCUAAAGCUGAAAAUGAGGGUAAAAAGGAAAAGACUGCUUCACAGACCUCCAAACCUACUCGAAAAGUAACUUUUGAUGACGACGACGAUGAGUCUAAUAGUUCUGACUCAGAUGAAGAAGGGAACAAAGAAGGGCAAGGAAGCAAGUUGAACCAGAAAGCACUUACCCCGGAAGAACUGGCACUCGGUGCGCUGAUGAUAAAGUCAAAGAAGACUAAACGCGAUCUGCUGGACAAUGGCUGGAAUCGAUUUGUGCACGAAGAUGAUGAUUUCAUACCAUCCUGGUUCAGGAAGGAGGAAGAGGCGUUUUACCGCAAACCAGUUCCCGUGUCGAGUGACAUGGUCAAGGAGUACAAUGAUAAGCUGAGGGAUAUCAACUCUCGACCGAUCAAGAAGGUGAUGGAGGCAAAGGCGAGGAAGAAGAAGCGUACCCUGAGGAGGCUGGAGAAGGCGAGGAUAAGGGCAGAAACGGUUACCGACGAAGCCGACAUGACCAACAAAGAGAAGGCACAGUACAUUCGCAGCAUCUACAAGAAGGCAGUUCGCAAGGAUAAGGACAACGUGCAGAUGGUGGUGGGCAAGAGGCAGUUUGGCAAUCGACGGCCUCCCGGGGUCAAGGGCAGAUACAAGGUGGUGGAUUCUCGUCUGAAGAAGGACAAGCGAAACCAGGCAAAGUCGCAGAAGGGAGGCAAGAAGGGACGAAGCAAGCCAAGUGCUCCAAAAGGCAAAGGCGCAUUCAAGAAUUACGCUAUAAACAAUAUUCUCUUUCAACGUGGAAUUUACCCGUCUGAAUCGGUAUUUCUUAUUCAAACUGUCACUCAAUAA